AUGCAUCGUUCUAUAUAUUGUAAGCCCAUAAAAGAACUAAGCACUGGCACUAUGGAUGUAUGGUUCCAGAAUCGACGUGCCAAAGUUAGAAAACGUGAGCAUACCAAGAAAGGACCUGGUAGACCUGCCCACAAUGCUCAGCCUCAAACCUGUUCCGGUGAACCCAUCCCGCCAAAUGAAUUAAAAGCUAAAGAAAGAGCACGCCGAAGAAAGAAACUAGCCAAAGCCAUUGAUAGGCAGGCUAGAAAACUCCAAGCAAAAGGUAUAACCGUUGAUUUUGAAGCACUUAAGGCUGAAUACAUAUCACAACACAAAGCCAAUGGCACAUUUUCUGAUUCAGAUCUCGAAGAUGAUAGCAUACAAAUCGAUGUGGUGGGCGGAACGGAGAGCGAUGACGAUGAUGAUUUGGAUUUUCGAUCUCCACGCGGCAGUGAUUUGGCCAACAAUAGCUAUUCGCCCAGUGGCAGUCCCAAUGGUUUGGGCAGUCCCAUGUCGAAUAGUGGCAUCGAUAAUCGAGACGAUGACAACAAUAGCAAUCAGCAUAAUCUGCACGUGGGUGUAGAUGAGAAACCCUUUCUUUUUCCCGGUCGAGCAACGAAUUUUCAUUUAAAAUUACAAAAUACCACCUCAUCGUCAUCAUCCUCCUCCUCACCGAAUCAUCAGCAAACCUCACCGAUUAGUAUACGACGCAGUAAUCCCUUUAGCAUAGAAUCGUUGCUGUUCAACAAUACAUGAGUCUUGUAGACGACAGUUAGACGUGCAGCAGACAAAUGUUAUACCAAAAAUACAUAUUUAUGAAAACUUAAAAACUUAGAAAUAACUAAAGGUAAAACUUUAAUACAAAAUAUAUAACAGUUGAACUUAAACAAAAAAAGAAAUGAAAUAUACUUAUGUAAGAAGAAACCAACCAAAACAUUUGACAAAUGAUUGGACUCAUUAACAUUCUUGUAUAUACGGCACAUAACACAUAAAUUUAAAUGGAAUUUCCAGCAGCAGUAACCAGUAUGCAACCAAAAUUUUGACAGCCAGCCAACUUCAUCAACAUCAUCAUCAUUACAAGUGAGAGAAAUGAAAACUAUAUUUUGGGUUCAUAGCAGUUUAAGUGUAGGGGCACUUUUCUUAUUAUUUAACACCAAAAAUUAAUGAUUUAAUUGUAUUCUUCUUCCAUAACAAUAACACAGCAAACCAACAAAAUGAACGAACGUACGGUAUGACGGACCCAUAAAACAAAAUACCUUUAAAGUACUUAAUUUGAGAGCUGUUUAUGAGUGAAUCAUAAAAGAAAUUACUUUAUGAAGACUUCAGGCAUAAUAAAUGGAACAUGUAUAUUAGUAGUAGUAGUCUUUCUUAUAUUAUUUAAUGUUAUGUAUAUGAAGAGUUGAUGAUAUGACCAGCCCGUCUGACGGACGACCAAAAAUUCGAUUUUAUAUAAGGAAACAGAAAACUAUCAAACAGUUAUUUAAAAGAGUUGUAUCCUGGGGAAAAUUCAAGUAGAUUCAUACAAAAAUUUUGGGAAGAUUUUAGGAAGUUGCUUGUUGUACGGAAAUGUUAGAAAAGUUUUUCAAGGAGUACUGAAAACUUAUCUUUUUGAUAAGUUUUGUUUCUUAAAAACGUUUAUUUAGUUGCAGUAACAAUAUUUAGUUAAACUAAACAUGUUUUAAAUUAUAUAUGGAAGCAGCCAAAAUUUAAAAACUUUGUUCCUUAAUAUGUUGUUGUUGACUUUAAUAUAAUCAGUUUGGAAUUUAAAGAUUCUGUUCCUUGCCACUUCUGUUCUGCAAUAAAUUUCGGUCAUAAACUGAACAAGUAGCCCAAAAAAACAAGAAAAUAAUCGGAAAAAAUUUAAAAAUAUAAAUAUGUUAAAUAUUUAAAGAAAAAAUCCAUACCACAAAAAAAAACAAAAGCAGCAAGCAACACAUUAAAUUUAAUGAAAACGAAAUUCUGAACAAAUUGCGCAAUAUUAGAGUAAUUGACUUGUACUUGUAUUAUAA